AUGUCUGACCCAGGCCGCAAAGAUUUCUCCACCAAGGCUAAGGAGGAGAUGACUCCUGAUUCCACCAAGUCCACCCAGGAGAAGGUCAAGGAGACCAUCACAGAUACUAAGGACCGUGUUGCUCGUGGAAUGCAACCCGAUGAUAACAAGGGAGGCAUUCAAGAGUCCUUUGAUAAGAGUCAACGUGCCCAUGACAACAGCCAGGGCGGUGCCACCUCCACAAUGUAA